CACUGCCCGGGGCUUGAUCGCCAUCCGGGUCCCGCAGAAGAUGGGAACGGUGCGGCCGCCAAGGAGGCAUAUAUAAACGACAACAGUCAUGGUGCAGACCAACACUGGGUCAAGGUCGCCUGCUCCUCUCGCCCAAGUUCACCUCCCCGCAUCAGCGUCGCCGCCCAGCAACCAUGUUCUGCAAAGCAUCUUUGCUCGCCGUCGCUCUCGCUCUGUUCGCUUCUGCGACGCCGGUCAUGCACGAGACCGGUAUCCGCAUUCCCAUCCGGAAGCGCAGCUUCCUGACCAAGGCCGAUGGUACUGUCGACCGCGAGGCGCUCAUCCGCGAGACGGUCCGGGUGAAGAACAAGCACCGCCGUAACUUGAUCACUAUUGACCACAAGAUCGGUCUCGCGAGCUACGCCAAGGGCGCGUACAUCCCGCCCGUCGCCAAAGUCCCCUCGUCCGUGCAGAAGCGCCUCGAGGCCCGCCAGUCUGAGGCGCUCACUGACCAGGAGGGCGGCGCGGAAUGGACGGGCACCAUCACGAUCGGCACGCCCCCGCAGUCGUUCAUCAUCGACUUCGACACGGGCUCGUCCGACCUUUGGGUCCCGUCGUCGUCUUGCAGCGGCUGCGACGCUGAGCACUCGUACUCGGCGUCCGAGUCGUCGACGUCGGAGGAGCAGAGCGGCACGUUCAAGAUCGAGUACGGCGACGGCUCGGAGGCGUCUGGCCCCAUCUACACUGAUGAUGUCAGUGUUGCUGGUGUUGCCGUCACUGGCCAGACACUCUCUGCUGUGACGAGCGAGAGUGGGGACCUGGUUGGCGAUGCCGCUGACGGUCUCAUGGGCAUGGCCUUCCCAGCCCUCUCUAACCUCGACGCGGAUCCCUACUUCUGGACCGCCAUCGAGCAGAGUGUCGUCUCCUCUGGCGAGUUCAGCUUCUACCUCGCGGAGAGCGGCUCCGAGCUCUACAUCGGCGGCUCGGACAGCUCCUUGUACUCAGGAGACCCCGAGUUCCACGACGUCAGCUCGAACUCGGGCUUCUGGCAGAUCAGCGGUGCGAGCAUCUCCAUCAACGGCGAGACCGUCGCCUCGGGCUUUGAUACCAUCAUCGACAGUGGCACCACCCUCAUGUAUGGUCCGACUAGUGCCGUGAACACCAUGUACGGCCAGGCCUCUGGUGCGGAGUCCCUCGGCAACGGCGACUUCGGCUUCUCGUGCUCGGACUUCCCGAAAGUCGAAGUCUCCUGGGGCGGCAACACGUUCGACAUCUCUAACGCCUUCAACCUCGGCCAGGCUGAAAACGGUCUCUGCCAAGCGGCGCUUGCCGGCGAGGACCUCGGUCUUGGUGAGAACGUCUGGCUCUUCGGCGACACUGUCAUGCAGAGCCUCUACACUAUCUUCUCCGUCGAUCAGAAUGCUGUCGGUUUCGCUGAGCUUGCUUGAUUUAUUGUAGUGUCUGUCUGUAUCCUCAGUGCCAGUAUUGUAACAGUUGUCAGUGUGCAGUCAGUUGGACUUGUUGCACUUAU